UCGAAGCGCAGUCGAAAGCACUGCACACGUGCACUCUAUAGACUCGCUCGGAUUAACUGCCGCCCAAGGCCUGGGAUUAGCUUCGGCUGGCGAUCUCAAGCAAAGGCAGCAUCGCCGUCCAGCCAUGUGGCCAAGCCUGCUGAGCCUGGCCUUCGGCCUGGCCUACGUGUGCAGCCGGACCCCUUCUACGCAUGCGCAGAGGUUCCGCUCUCCGUGGUUGCACGACGUGGAGCAUUUGGAGGCCCAGGCCAGCUACCGGACGGCGCGCCUGCGUUGGCAGUACCGGCACCUCCCGCAACCACCGGCAUUCCGGGUGCAGAUCUGCGAGCUGCUGCCGUGGCUACCCAAGACGGGACCACGUUGCCGCGUCCGCCGGCUAAGCCUACUAGGACCUCAGGCCGCUUACGACGGCGAUGGCACACCACGCAGCCUGGAUCUACUACGAAAGUCGUCCAAGUCUGGCUACGAGGCGCUCAUAGGCGAUCUUCGGUUGCUGACAAACUACAGCGUGGCCGUGGAGCCUGACUUCUCGAGUGACUCGGAUGCGAAUGCCAUCCUGUACGGUUCGGGACAGCUGCCGGCUGAAGCUGCUGCAGGCGAGGAAGACCGGCGCUUCCAAAUGGUCACCUCUGAGUACGCACUCAUGACCACGAGGGGAUUCUCUGCGCGGGCGGAGCGGUGCCUGGCGAACGCCUCCCGCGUGGUCGUCAGCACGGGCCCCUUCUUCGGCGGCAAGAUCGCCGUCGAAGAUAGCAACGAUGACGCCUGCCUGGUGUACGGCAACCCCAGCUCGCCUCAGGAUGCGUACACACUGGACAUCGACCACAAGCGCUGCGGAAGCCGACUUGUGAACGGGUCCAAGAUGGAGACUAACAUCAUCGUCCACGAAAACCGAGACAUAAUCACGCACAACACGCGCCGCUACUUGGUCGUCUGCAGUUUCCUGCCCGACACUUACACAAUCACCGCCUCGGUGAACCUGCCCGUCGUUCGUGGCAAGAAGAAGAGCAGCGUGGCGACGCACACCAAGGUGCCGGGCGGCUUGCUGCUGGCAAACGCGCGCCUCGAGACGAGCACAGAGCAGAACGAGGUGUUCACCUACCAGCGUUACAAGGACAGCAACGUGCGGGACUCGCGCAUCGCGGCCGAGCAACGAAGCAGCACCACGCUCGACAGCGACGCCAACGGCACCCACGUCACAGGCAGCAUGGCCCUGGCUCUCCUGCUGGCAACCACGGGUCUCGUGGGCUGCUGCGCAGCGCUCGCCUGGUACGCGGCCACGGGCUUCACGCAGCGCCACAAGAAGGUAGAUGGUCACUCGCCACCUGCCGAAGAAAGCAACCGCACCGCGACCGAGCCUAGCCCGACCAUCCCCACCGACAACACCUCAGCAGACGCCAGUGACGGAGAGAAAGAAGAGAAAAUAGACGUCGACAAGCAAGACGAACAGCCUGAGGAAGGCGAGUCGUGUGUCGUCAACUUCAUCACCAUCGAAGGCAAACCAGUUGCGUUACUCCCGGACUCUACGGCGAGCGAAGUGUGACAACACGCGCAUUUCCAUGCAUAAGUUCCGCUACGUCACCAACGCCUUCUCCCUCCAGAUGUCAUCGAAUCUCACCCGCGCACGCACAAUGGGUAGCGUGCGAGGCUACGACUACAUUCCUUCAUCAGCACAUGGCAGCAGGUCCUGUGUCGAGAACCAUGACACUGGUUGUCUCAACCUAUCCCGCCACUAUUGAUUGCCCCUCCCAUUUAACGAGAUCUGUCAAGUUAUUCACGUGCCGUAAACCAACGAUCCUGAUUGCUCACGCGCUAUUGAGGAAUCGUCCACAUAGUCGUUUUAGAGAAACGGAAAAGCCAGAUUCUACAUCCUAGCUGCCUUUAACCUGGCGACCUGAACGUUGCUGUAACCAGCUCUGUGGCAACUCCUGGUGCAAUAUUAUAAGCUUGCUAGCGCAACGCAGCAUAUGAUCACCAGCAUUUAUUCGAAACUGUGGAGCGACCGAUAAGAUUAGCAGGUUUAUCAGACGUGAAACUCGCGUCAUCUACGCAGAAUGUACGCGGAAGAAAGCGUGAAACAUCGUGCCAGCGGGCCUUGCGCGGGUGUCUUUGGUGGCAGCGCUUCUCACGGUGGAAAGAGUUGAGAAGUGUGCUCAUGAACUUAUGGCGCCCCUGUGUUUGACGAACGAGAAGCUGAAAAGACUUUUAUUCACCUGUGUUUUGCCCGGAACCAUUGUAUGUGCGUCGACGUUUGCUCAUGACACAUUCUUCUCAAAGGUGUCUAGCCGUGCUGGCUUCUAUCGAAUUGAAGAUGACGACGAAUUGGCCGCACCACUUGCCGAAAAGAGACUACUGUUCUGCUUCGUAAAAAUCCUCAUCCACUAAUUUCUAUGGUGCGACUGUUUUCAGAGAAUGCAUUCAGAGAUAUGCGAUAACUCAUUUACUUUGUCCGCCCCACCACCGAGAGAUGCAUCGUAGCAUCUAAUGUCACUGACCUAUAUGACUUCUUAGUUAAAUAACGAUGCAAAUCAUUGCUUUGGUCAGAAUGCGCUACCAGUCGCUGAACCAAUCUUUGAAGGGCGGGCACAGAAUACGCUGCCAGUUUCAAAUUAGUGAACCUACUUGGCCUUCAUUUCCGGUGUCGGAACCGUUUAUCAACUGUUUGUACAGACCUCGUAGGCUGGUACGUUCAAUAUGAUCACUACCCUUGUGUAUUGAUGUGAUUGUGCUCGCGAAGGUGCUUUUCUGGUCACGGCUUCGACGCUUUGGUGUGCUUCACUGCUGACCCGAAGGUCACGGGAUCAAAUCCCGCCCGCGGUGGCCGGAUUUCGAUGAAGGCAAAAUGCUACAGGUCCGUGUGCUCAGAUAUAGGUGCACGUUAAAGAACCCCCGUUGGUCGAAAUUUCCGGAGCCCUCCACUACGACGUCUCUCAUAAUCAUAUCGUGGUUUUGGGACGUAAAACUCCAAAAAUUAUUAUUAUGAACCUGUCUUGGCAUUCGGGCGACACUUCUACGCCAAAGGCGUGAAAACUGCGAUGUAACAUACAAUGGGAAGAAAGUAACGGUUUCGAUUGUGCCUGAUUUGUUGGUGCGAAAUGUUAUGCCUGAUAUAUAACGAGCCAUUUUGCAGCCUUUUCGUUUCGACUACUCUUGUAGAUACUCUCUACUUGGUCGGUCGCCUCGAACAGGGCACCGCUGAACAUAAAUGAAAGUAGUUACGCGUGAAGGUGUUGUGCGUCCAUAUUUCCCUCCGUAGAACUAUGUUAGUAUUCAACAAUUCAGGAUGGAUGGAUGCAGAACUUUACUAAAAAAUCCUGAGGUGCGCGACUCUGUUCGCAGCGGGGCGCUCCCACUUUGGGACAGUCAGGCCAAGCCCGACCGCCGCAUGAGGAAAGUAGCUUUAAUACCUUGCUUUUCGAGUUUUGACGCAUAUUCCGAUGAAUCGCGUGUAAUUUGAAAGCGAGAUUCACUAGGUCUUGAUGACAGCGUAAUACUGGAACGCGUUACGUGCAUAGAGGUGAAGCAAUGACAAACAUUCACGACCAGUAACUACAUAUUUGUCUCCCCGUACUUGUGUCUGUAAUUUAAUUUAAAUGGAAUCUGGAUUUGUGUCCGAAUCGAGGCAUGUAUAUUUUACCUGGUGUUUUCCGCCAUUCCGUAAUGUAUGAGUAUCAGGCGACAUCUGCGAAAUGGACACCAUUGACAAAAGAAAAAAAAAAGAAAACUAUGAGCCAUGCAGCAAGACCGCUAAUAUUCGCUUCGCUUACCACUAAUGUUUGCGAGCGCGUUUUUGGUAUCGAAUAGCUAUGAUAAGUCUGCUUUGUUUAUUGAUAUAUAUACUCGCGAAGCAUUCAUUUCGAACCGAAAACAAGGUAUACGUCACAGCCGACGUUCGUUUGCUAGCUUAGCUAUAUUACUGUCUAACCUCGAGUACUUCCUUGUCAGGCACAGCGCAUAUGGGCAAAUAGGUCAACACGCCUUGCGUUCAGCAUCACCGUGCCCACUUUUUGAGAAGCUGACAUCAUUCACAUCCUCUGCUCAAGACACAAGUCACAUUCGGGCACACUGGCAGCAAAACGAAAUGACGUGCGCAGCGUAGCAAAUGCGUAAUGUUGUUGCUAAAAAAAAAGUGCAGCGUUUUCCGUCACCUUCCGGUGCGUCUUCGAAACUUUCAUAUUUUUUUUUUUCGUGUAGAGAGAGGGGGAUUCGGGAACAGAGAAGCGCAGCACAGGGCAUUCGUUUUCAUUUCACGUCCCACGGACAUUUCACGAAUAAAGCAGUGACUGCACUUGCCUGCUCCAGCGGUGUGUUUCCUCAGCACGUGUAGAACGAGCGGAUAUCUCACUGUCUUAUGUUACGUGCCCUCGAAUGGCAAGGCUCAUCUGAAGGCAACCUUGUGUCCAAUCGUUAGAUAAGUCCCUUGGAGGUUAUGCCAACAUUAGCUUAGGUCAUUGGGAAACAUUUUUUACAACCUACAGCUUGCAGCACGUGAAUAUUUUACAGAGGAUUAUUUUUUUAUAAAUUAAUCUUAUCCUCGCACUUCAUGACAUCAAUGUCGUACCUCUAGUGUCACAAUGAUCGGAAAACCCCCUCAUAUAACGGACACCGUUUCGUAGAAAGUCAUGCCGCAUACUUCUCUGCAGAGCGCAGGAUAAAAGCUCCAACUCUUAUAAAAACUCUUUACGACAUUCAACCUCGAGUAACGCGAAGACUGGUCGAGUAACCGAUGAACUACCCCGACUUGAAUCGAAAGCCACGGCCGAAAGGCAAUAACGGGGUCCCUGCGUGGCCUCCGCGAUCACCGGCAGCGCGCCGUGCGCUGCUGGUGCCAAUCGCGGACGCCACGGCCCCUGAACACAGUACACCCGUGCCUGUACGAAGGGUGGAGACAUAGCGUUGAUAUACUGAUGUUCUACAGAGCAAGCAAAGCUAGUUCAAGGCAAACGCAUAGAUAUUUUGCGACUUCUAUACUACUCUACAAGUGCACCGCCAAUCGCUGCAUUCAAAUAUGCCCCGCGUAAGGUCAACUGACUUCGGCGAUAACACGAGAUAACGCGCACUUGCGCAUUGACCGUUACGAGUUACAUUGUACGCAUGCGCCGAACGCCUUGAAGUGAUAGAACGCGCUUUUUGGGAGCUGAACAUUACCCUUUUCACGUUUUUUGAAUAGUCCGCCCAUUUUUUGUUUCACUUUGUGUAUAAAUGUACCACAGUUCGUGCUGGAAUAAAACAGUUGUUAUUUUGCGCUUUGUGUACAUCUUUCAAGCUUUUCCUGUUUUCUCAAGACAGCCCGCCCAAGCGUACGCAACGUAUGCCCAACAAGCCCUCAUCGCCACCUUGUUUAAAUUUUGCGGUAACACUAAAUAUAGAACAUCGAUGCAUGAAGGCAUUCGAAGAACUUGACAAAACAUUCAGAAAACUUUAUUCAAUAUAGAAACAUUGCCGUAAGACAAAUAUAAAGAUAAGGACGACUAACAUCAGGCAUUGGGAGAAAAACACGGCGAAUGCCUUCCUGUACGUCGCCCUCAUUAGAAUAUCUGAAAAUAAACACCCUUUACAAAUAACAAUGUCAACCAAAACAAUGCAAUAAAAACGUGUUAUAACAUUGAUCUCAUACCCUAAGAAGUUUACAUGAACAUAUUUUACAUGUUAACAGUCAACAACCUUUAUACAGGUCUAUGUUUAUUUGGGGUGCGCAUGAACACACAAAAAUAAAAAAAAAUU